AACCCCUCUAAUGCUUCUUUAUCCUCCACAAUCAUGUCACAGAACACAAAAUCUCCACUCAUGGAAGGGAAUCCAGCAUUGCAAAAUGUCCAUAAAGUCUGGGAACGUAUUCGAGUCAACAGCCCUAUUUACGCUUUUCUGCUUAAUGAUGUGGAAAUUUACCAUGCCAAAGAAGGCGCCUUUUCGGCAAGACUCCAGGUGAUUCCGCAGCACCUUAACUCAAAAGGCACUCUGCAUGGCGUCUUCUCUGCUUGUGUUACUGAUUGGGCUGGCGGACUAGCAAUUGCAUCCUGUGGCCUUGAGUCAACCGGUGUAAGCACCAAUAUCAAUGUUACCUAUCUUUCUACGGCUACUACGGGUGACUGGCUCGAAAUCGAGGGUUGUGCCAACAAGGUCGGCAAAUCACUUGCAUUUACAACCAUAACCAUCUCUAAAUCCACGAGUUCUGGCGAGCAAACCCUGGUGGCACAAGGAUCCCAUACCAAAUACAUUAGAACACGGUGAUCAGAAUACCAUCUAGACUUUUACCAAAACAAAGGGACUCUCCCGAACAAAGAUAACCAACCCGCAAUCUUCUUUACCUCCGGCAUGGAAAACAUGUACUUUGAAUGCUCGGAUUCACUCGGAUAGCGGAGAUUUACCUCCAUUUUUUACAUGACAUAUCUCGUCGUUUAAUGAGACGAGAUAGACAGUAAAUGAUGGAUACAUACAUACAUACAUACAUAAUAUCUCAGUGGUCUUUCGAUCCGACUUUUGUUCUUCCUAGUUUUUCCCCCGAACAAGGGGUAGUCGUAGUCGUC